GCGGCAGCAGGUGGGAGCGGGGCUGUUGCUAUCAAUAUGGCGGUUGUCAGCCAGACAAAGACAGUCAGUCUGAUGUGAUUGAGACAAGGGAGGUUUUCAGGGGGAGACUGGGAGAUAGGAGCCUCCCCUCCCCCAUCUGCUCUUCCUGUGCAGGCCUGGAGCCCUCCUCAGCCCCUCCCGCAGGGCGCCCCGCGGUGAAGAUCCCCUCCCCCUUCCGCCUUCCUUCCUCCCUCCCUCAGCCUGGCGCUGGGACGCUGGGGAGGGGGCUGAGCCGGGUGCAGAGAACUCCCAGCUGGGUUUCCGAGAAUGGUAAAUAAUAUUCUACAGCCUGGCUCUCUCUGCAAAGGCCAUUGAUCCACCUCAUGUAAAGUAUGCUCAGCUCCUUUCCAGUGGUUUUGCUGGAAACCAUGUCUCACUAUACAGAUGAACCCAGAUUUACCAUAGAACAGAUAGAUCUGCUCCAACGUCUUCGGCGUACUGGGAUGACCAAACAUGAAAUUCUGCAUGCAUUAGAAACUUUGGACCGUCUGGAUCAAGAGCAUAGCGAUAAGUUUGGAAGGAGGUCCAGCUACGGGGGAAGUGCAUAUGGAAACAGCACCAACAAUGUCCCAGCAUCUUCCUCUACAGCCACAGCUUCCACCCAGACCCAGCAUUCGGGAAUGUCCCCCUCACCCAGCAACAGUUACGAUACCUCCCCACAGCCUUGCACUACCAAUCAAAAUGGGAGGGAGAACAAUGAUCGAUUGUCUACGUCCAAUGGAAAGAUGUCGCCAUCUCGCUACCAUGCGAACAGCAUGGGGCAGAGGUCAUACAGCUUUGAGGCCUCAGAAGAGGACCUGGAUGUGGAUGACAAAGUGGAGGAGUUAAUGAGGAGGGACAGCAGUGUGAUAAAAGAGGAAAUCAAAGCCUUUCUUGCCAAUCGGAGGAUUUCCCAAGCAGUUGUUGCACAGGUAACAGGUAUCAGUCAGAGUCGGAUCUCUCAUUGGCUGUUGCAGCAGGGAUCAGACCUGAGUGAGCAGAAGAAAAGAGCAUUUUACCGAUGGUAUCAACUUGAAAAGACAAACCCUGGGGCUACAUUAAGUAUGAGGCCUGCCCCCAUUCCAAUAGAGGACCCUGAGUGGAGACAGACGCCUCCCCCAGUCUCCGCCACACCCGGAACUUUCCGACUCCGGCGAGGAAGCAGAUUCACCUGGAGAAAGGAGUGUCUAGCUGUCAUGGAAAGUUACUUCAAUGAGAACCAGUACCCAGAUGAAGCAAAGAGAGAAGAGAUUGCCAACGCUUGCAAUGCAGUCAUCCAGAAGCCAGGCAAAAAGCUGUCUGACCUGGAACGAGUUACUUCUCUGAAAGUAUAUAAUUGGUUUGCUAAUCGACGAAAGGAGAUCAAGAGGAGAGCCAAUAUCGAAGCAGCAAUCCUGGAGAGUCAUGGGAUAGACGUACAGAGUCCAGGAGGCCACUCCAACAGUGAUGAUGUGGACGGGAACGACUACUCAGAGCAGGACACUUGGCAAGCACGCAAUGGGGAGGAGGAGGAGGGAAGAAGUUCAGAGGGAGGCAGAGAAGCAGAGAAGGAUGACAGCACGAGCCAUAGUGACCACCAAGAUCCCAUCUCACUAGCUGUGGAGAUGGCAGCCGUCAACCACACUAUCUUGGCAUUGGCCCGGCAGGGAGCCAAUGAGAUCAAGACAGAGGCCCUGGAUGAUGACUGAUCAGGGAGGAUUAAACAGUUAACUUAGUUUAGACGUAGCACCUUAGCAGACUUUCCUCGGUCCUUAACAUGUGUUCUUACAGUAUAACUUACAGUUUCUUGUAUGUCAGGUAGCCGUUAGGGUCUUGUUCUGUGAAGAUGGCAUGGUGCCCUCAGCCUUUGCAUAUACUCUCUCAGUAUUAAAAUCCCAGUAAGUAAGAACCAAACAAACAAACUUCCCUCUCCCAGCCCCCGAGGCUAAAAAAAAAAAAUCUCGCUGCUCCGUCUUAGCAUUCCAAGAAAGUGCUUCCAGGUAUUUAGAUAGCCCUCAGUCUCAAAUAUUAGACUCUGUGUAAAAUCUUGGGUACCUUUAGACUCAUGUAACACUAGGCUGUACCCCGUUCCUGCCCUAAGACUGAUAAGGAUGCAAGCUGAGGUAGUGACACAGGACCAACAGACACCUUCCGGGAAGUUUCCACCGAGCGCGAGGAACACUCCAGCCGCCUCGGCCUGAGAUUUGCUGAUUCAGCUGCAAUAAGCCGCGCCUCCUGGCCACAGUGUGGCGAGGCUCCACGUCUUUGGGUGCUGUGCUAUGAAUGUCACUGGAGUCCCAGGCUCAGCUCUUGCUUAAUGCUAACACACCCAACACAGACACCCUCCCUCUCACAGGCUGUGUGACCUAGCAGAUGAAAUACUGCCUUCUGCGUUUGGGACCACAACUCUAAAACAAAAAGGACAAAAACAAACAGACAAACAAAAACCACCAAGUUCUGAAAAGCAAACCCAGCUUGAGAGCAGUAGGGAGAGCAUGAACUGAGUGUCGGGUGGACGCUAAGCCCCGUUCUCAGAGCCGCUAUACAUUCCACAGCGCGGUGCCAGGCCUACCUGGGAGAUGUCAUGGAAGUUGCUUUGCCUCCUGUUGGUGCCCCUCCCUGCUACCAAAAAGUCUUUAAGGAUAGAGCUGAGGUCAGAAGCGAGUGAAAGAGCAGGCCUUGAAGCCCACCCAGAGUUGCUAGGACUCUGUUGGGGACUGUGCCAACCUGACUGUCACAGAUGCAGAUCCUUGCCUAGCUAGGGGCAGAAAAGGCAGGGGACAUUUGCCACUUACAUCGUGAGUAUGCGGGACACAGCAGGAUGUGUCUGCUGUGUUCCCAUUACUCUGUCCUUGUGGAGGUGUGAAAGCUAUAUUGCUACAGGCAAUUUAUUUAAUAAUUGGAAGCCAUAUUGAUAAUGGAUGUGGUAAUAUUUGUAGUUUAAUCUACUUUAAGCGGCAGUAACUAAUGGAAUUUUUUUCCUUGAUCACAUAUGUAGCACUUUUGUUACUUUUUAAAGAUAUUUAUAUUUGAUAAAUCUUUUUUUCAUUUUGAGAACUCAAAAUACCAAACAGUGAACUUGUGUUAUAAAGUCACCCUGUGACCACCUUGUCAUCUAGUAGCAAAAUGAUGAACUAUUCAAGCAUCAAAGAAAAUUACAUCUGCUGGCCUUGUAUGAAAAUGAUCUCCUGGAGACCUGAUUAAAUGACGCUGUCACUGUGGCUAAGAAGAAACAGCCUUCAGUGUAUUGGCACCGUGCGUGUCUGAGAGGGGCUAAGUGUUUUCUGCCUCGUCCCAUCUCUCCUCUGUGUGUCUGAAGAAGCCUUGUUUGGAGGGCAGUGUGGAGUAGGCCAGUAAGCAGGCUUUCAUCUUUCUGUCUGUUCCCUGAACCAAUUUCUAAGAGAUAAAGUAGGUGCCAUGUCCUCACCCCCUCCUUCCUCACCAAGUGUGUUCACCUUCAGAACUGUUGAGAGAGGACAGCACACUGAGCCUCCUCAUUUUCCCCUUCUCCCUGGCUGGAUACUCAGUACCCACAGAUUUAGCUGGUCUUCUUGGGGCACACUCUGCCUAGAUUAUCCCAUUAGUCUUGGUUACAGGAAUGUGAGGCGUCGUCUUUGAGGGGCCUGAGGAUACCACCCCACCUACAUUUGUGACUUUGAAGAGUGCUAGGUAGGGCUUGGUCCUGCUCCUAUCAGUGGAUUUCAGGGGGAAAUGUAUGCAUGCAUUUUUCCCAGCUCCAGGAACUGAAGUAAAAUGGAGCCAUCUUUUCUUACUGUAUUACUUGAACCCACAAAUUUAAGAAUAGCAUUUCUUAUUCUCAGGAACGAGCCCCCACGCCUACUUAGAAUAUUUCAUGGUUUAUUUGACUUUUUUAUUUCACUUAGGAGAUUGCAUUAUCGUUCUUUCCUUUUGUUUACUUAGAAGAAAUAGACUUAUUAUGUCUAUCCAUUUUGGUCAAGUUUUGUCUGCUUAUUCUCAGUUGAAUCAGAAAGAACAGGAGAGGAGAAAAACAUUUUUCUGACAAGCCACAUCCACAAUUUACCGUGAGAUUAUUAUAACUGACAACUUCUUUAUGGUGCCGUUGCUCUUGUCAUUUGUUCUCCUUGGCUUUUUAAAGGAACAGGCUCCAGCUGUUAAGACAGCUCCAGUUCCUAAGGGAACUCUGACUGCAGCAGAAGAGCAGAAUGUCCUGUGUCCUUGGACCCUUGAGAGAGAAGAGGACAGCAGAGGAUGCCAAGCCCUGGCUGGGUGUAGACAGUGCCAGCGGGAUGUGGCAGCACGACGGCAGAGCACAGUUGCGCAGAGGCUGGCCCUGUGCCAAGCUAGGUAGAAGGGCUGUCACUAGUCCUUUAGCUGGGGCAGCUGGCGCACCCACAGUAGGAUUUGCUUCUUUGGAACCAAGGUUCAGAUCUGCCAUCAUGUAGUUUUCGGGGGUCAGCAGGCUUGAGUCUGCUCUGGAGUCCCGGUCCCUGAGCUCUUGGAUAGCCACAGAGCCGUUCUCAGUCCGUAGGGUGGUGAGUCUUUCCUUAAGCUUUUCCAGGUUCUAGGUAUGCUAUUAAAUCAGAAACUUUAAAAUUCCCCAUGCUGAGAGAAAGAGAGCUGGGCUCUUACACUCGUUCUUUUGCUCCUUGCUUGCCCUGUCUCUGCUCUCACCAUCUGUACUUCUUGUGGCCCCAGAGAUCUCUUUCAGGGGUUGUGCCUUCCUGACCAGUGAAGACUUUGAAAGAGGCGAGGGGGGAAAGCAGACAUUUGUAGAGUGUGCUGUGAUUUUUAUUCAAGUACUUUGAUUGAAUUGCUGUUGCUGGAUAGGAAGGUAACUUCCCACCUCCUAGUACUUUACAUGGCGACCUGUUAACAAAGGACCAUCUUAAGGUAUUCCUAUCUGAAGACAAUUGCAGCCAGCAGCCAGGAAGGGCAGUGCUGUGCUCUCCUGUGUGUGCCUAUGCAGUGCCCUCAGAAGUCAGGAGGCACCCCAUGAGGCAGGGUACAGGAGGAGAGAACCUGGGAUGGGGAGGUAGGUGGCCUCUCUUCCUUUCAGUCCAGCUCAGCAGGCUACCAUAGAAAGACCUGAGGGCAUUGGAAGCCUGCUUGGACUACUCCACUCCAGAGCUCUAGUUCCUGGGAAGUUUAUCACUUGGCCACGCCCAAUUUUUUAGGGCCAGGUAUCUGGGUAUGUUUUGAGUGCAUGGAGAGCUCUGAUGCAGUCUCUCAGCUCUCCCUGGCUUUAGCAACUGUUGCUGUAAACUCCUCUUGGAGACCAGUCUUCGGGCACCAGCUAGAGCAGACCCUGUUCCAUCAGGAUGCUUUCAGCACUCUCUCCAGGGGGCUCCUCUUCCUUCAGUGCCCUUCUGUUUGAGUAUCACGUCUUUGUCUUAAGCUAGCUUCACUGACAACAGGCUUAGUGGGGGGCUUUAGUCCCCUCUGAACUCUGCCCCGCCUUCCUGUGAUGGGCAGCCAUGACUCCACCUGCCAAGCCUGUUACCUUUGUAACAGUGAGAAUAAUCCCUUUCCACAGGGACGUCUACAGCCUGUUCUAAAAGUGUUCCCUUCAGGUCCUUUCCUUGGUGUCAAAAGGGAUUUGCUUAGAAGCAGCAUUCCCACUUAACUCAGCUCUGCUUUAAACCAGAACUUUCCUUCUUUGCUCAGAGAACAGCCUGGAUUUUUCACUGUGGGCCUCACCAAGUUCUUAGGCAAUAACGUUUCGUGUGGUUGGCGGUCUCCUCUUCAGUGGCUCUCUGCCUCCUGCAUGGACAUCAGUCUCUGUCCAUCUCUGUGACGUCAUCCUCUUGCUGUGAUUGUCAGCUGUGUUUACUACUGUAUUUACUGAGGCUGUACUGAGACCAGACCAGUCCACUUACAGCUUUACUGAGCCAAAUUUAUGUUUUAAGAUUUUCUAAGUGAAGACUGGGCACAUUGGCCAGUUCUGCUGUCUGUGUGUUGGAGUGGGGGGUACUGGUCCAGGAGUAGGAAUUACAGGUGCACGGCUUUCUCUUUUGUGUGUGUUUGCUCUUUAAAUUGCAAGUAUGUUUACUCAGGAUUGGGCCACCAGUUGUCAGCCAUACUGAAUUUAGCAAACUGUGCUGUAGCUCUGGAAACCCUUUACCAUUUGUCUCCUUAGCAUGUGUUGACACUGUAACAGUGAGCAGGCAGACAGCAGUGGAAGGCUUUCCAGGGAGGCUGCCUAAGGCUGUCGUGGUAACAUGUGGUCAGAACAGAGGCUCUGUCCUGCACAGUGCCUCUCCUUACACGCCCUACAUUUCAAAGUUGACUAUCACUUAAGAAGAGUGGCUUCCUUACUGCGCUAGAGCACUGACAGACAAAGGCUUUGAGACUUACCAUUCUCAUACGCAUACGGAGUGUGUUACAAAGGCUUUUCUCAAUGUCAUUUGUUGCUAAACUGAAGGGGAGACAGUACUGCUUAUAGCAGCAAUGGAACUGACAGAUUCAGAAAUGGGGCUUUCUGCAUAUCUAUGCACUGGUAGAAGCUGGAAGUUUGAACAUUCAAAGGUUUCUAUAGCUACUUCAUUGCACUAUCUUGAGGGAGGGGAUGUACUGAGAAAAAAAGUCACUAGCAACCUGAGCCACCCUGACCCCUACAACACUAGUUUUCUUCUUUAACCAAGCUAGGACAACACUGAGGGAAGGUUCAGCUCACCAGCUUGGUGGUUGCCUUGGGAUUCCAGAUUUAUUCGUCCGCCAGCCGCCGUAUAAUCGGUGACAUCCAGGCAGGACUAAAUUUAGUUGGCUGUCUUCAGGUGAGCUAGGAGCAGCCUUCUUCCACUGGUGGAGUUUCCAAGCACCCCCCACCCUUUACCUCUAGCCCUUGCUGGGUGGCAGAGUUGCUUUGAUGCCUUCCUUGGCUGACAAGCCCUUGCUGUGGCCAGCACAGCUACAGGCUCUGUUGUUGGGGAACUUGAUGCCCACGCAGGAGGCCAGCUCCCCUGACUCUAUGUCCGUCGUUUCUCUCUUUAAAUAAGACUGGCUCCAUACAGCCAUAAUUAAUUCACAAAUUCACGAUGGUGUGCUGUGAUCAAAUGAAGGUUUGGCAGAAUCUUUUUUUCAAAUUGUAACCAUGGUAAUUGAGGGGGGUGGCACAGAAUGAAUAUAUAAAAGUAUAAUAGCAAUUGUUCCGAAUGACUGAGUGUCCUCCUGACAUGUAAUUAGCUCUUUUAGGAGGAUGUAGAUUGGCAUGGUCAUAAUUAAGAGGAUUUCUGUCCUUUAUGUGGUUGAGAAUAGCAGAGCACCCAUCCUUGUUCCCUUUGAGCACUAAUGCUCCCAAGAACAUUUGGAACAACAGCUCAGUAAACCAAAAUAAUGACAUAGGAUUCAUGUCCCACCCAAAUGAGAGAGCAUUGGGAGCCAUUUCAGGUCCAGAAUGGAAGGCUUUGCUUAUUGCUUGCAUCUGACUUCUAAAUUCUCUGAAACCUCUCGUGUCCAGUUUCAACGUAUUCAGCUUUGGCCAGAAACUAGUCAGCAUCUCAGACUGAGGCAGCCUCUGGCAGAGCUUCCUGGUCCGCAUCCUUUGUCUGGCAUCCGGAAUGCUCCCCUGGGAACACCUGCUGCUUGACUGGGCUUCCAGGGAUUUUCAGGCUUUUCCUUGGAAACUUGACCAUUUCCACUGCCACAACAAUCAGAAAGUGUUUGCCACAGGGAGGUGUACAGAGUUGAGUAGUGACCAGGAGCAGACAGCAUAAGAACAUGCAUGCGGCGACCUCACAUGGGAAUGCGUGGACUGGGCUCAGUAUGCACACCCCAGCUUGCUCACAUCAGGCUUGUUCAGCCGUUGCCAGCUCCUAAUGCUGUUCUCCUGCCAGUACUGGGUUCCUGGCUCCUCAGAAGCCAUGUUUUCUGUCCCCCACUUAGUUUUUCUUCACGCACCUGUGCCUUCAGGCAGGCACUGUGUGACAUUCACAGACUGUAGUGGCCUCCUGACUAGGAACUGCAGGCACUCACUAGCCCCUCUUCAGCUGAUGCUUAGUUUAGACUUACUUUCUUUUUUUUUUUCUUUGUUCUAGUCACUCUUUGUAGGAGCCUUGAUUCAAUUAGAGGGCCAGGGGUCCACCAGAGUGCCAGCAGCUGCCAGUGCUAAGUGGCCUUUUAUAAGCUCCUCUACCCAUGAGGCUCAGGACUCAGGUGAGGUUAGCUUGCAUUCAUGAGUCCAUGUUUUAGGCGGAACACUGCGGGAUUGGUUAGUAUUGGGGGCAGGGAGGUUGCAUGCACAUGUGUCCACCCUUUCUACAGAAGGUACCUCCUCACCGAGAACACUAAUCAACCGCUCUGUCAUGCGAAAGGCUGAGGUUGAGUACAAACCUAGAGAGGUCUAAAGAGCCUUCUUCCCUCUGCACACAGACAUACAGAGAGGUGAGAAAAGAUUCUAUUUCUGGGAAUGUUUCAGUUUGAGCUCUCCCAAAUACUUAUAGUGAAAUGUACAGCAUCAGGAAGGUGGUCCUGGGAGGAUGGCCAUUGCUGCUGCUUCUCUAAGUGACCCUGUGGACCCUCCCCCUGCCUGCAGGUCAGAAGUGUGUGGACCUUGAGACCAUUCAGCCUUGAUGGACUUGUAAUAGCUUGCGUCCCCAGUUGCUGAGAUGUUGCUGUUGGUGUCUACAUUAGAGGUCCAGAUCUGCCUUCCGAUUUCAUUCUGAAAAGUCACUACUUGAGCUAAUUUUGUGAUUUGUGUGGCAUGUGCUACACAGCAGCAAAACAUUACAAUGACCUGUGAACAUUCAAGGGAAGCAACUUGGCAUGCAGCUGCAAGUCCCUGACAUCUUCUUCUGGGUGCUCACGGGGACCGCUCUGAUUAGCAACACUCCGCUCAGGAGAAAUAUUCCUGUAGUCUCACAGCUGCCCCACCUCAAAACACAAAACCAGCUCAGUAGCCAAGAACAGUGUAGGUGGUACUUGACCCUCAAGAGCUUCCUUGCUUGCCUUCUUUUAAGAAAACUUAACUCCAGACGUGAUUUUGUAAACAUCUGAAGAUGUGAAGAUGCUGUCAUUUAGGGAAUGUGUCAUCUUGCUCUGCCAAGCUCACUGCCAGCCUGCUUGCUGUUUGCAGGUUAGGCCCUUCCGUUGUCUUCUCUGCAGCUGAAUUCUCAUUCACUGCAUCAGCUGUGAGGUGCAAGCUCCCAGCCCUCCCCUCCAGGCAGUGAUUGCCACAAAGCCUGUGCAUUUCAGUUCUUGCAACACUUAGCUCCUGGGGCUUUGAGGCAUCCUGCUUGUGCUCCUAAGGUUUGUGCUGAACACCCCCACAAACCUUGCUGUUCUCUGCCGCAGUCAGAAGCUGAGGUAGAAGCAUUUUGGAAUCCAAAGUUCUGGUGUCCUGGCAUUAGCGCGACCGUGCCGUGGCUUUCUUUGGCUCCGCAUCAACACUUGACUGGUCCGUAAGUAGCAGUUUCUUGAAGAUAUCCAAACUUGGGCCUAGAAUAAGAACUUUCUAAUAUCCAGAAUCCAAGAAUGGAGCAAGCUGCCUCAGGGUUAAUGUGGAGGCUUCGUGACUGUACUGGUCAGUGACAUCAAAUGAGCAUCUCCAAGCUGGCCUGCUGCACUCCUCCCCUUCCCUUCUUUUCUAGCUCUUUUCUCACAAAAUUGCAUUCUCCAAAUGUUGGCUGGGUCACUAUCUUCCUCUUCUGAUCUCUGUCACAUCGAGGGUAGCCUUAAAGCCCAAGAGAAUGAAAAACACCUGAGGAGCAAGGCCUAAGGACUCAGCAGACUGCCUCCUGGGGCUGCUGAUCCCUAGUGACACUGGCUGGCCGGUGGGCUCUUAACACCGUCCUCAUUUUGCCCCAACCACCUUGAUUUGGAGAGAACAAGUAUGUGUGCCUUUCAUUCUGGUAGAAGAUUUUGCAUCUCUGUUGGCGGCCAAAGGUGCCAUGGAAAUUGUGAAGUGAAAUCAGUGCCUGUCACCUACCCAGGACUUAAGAUGAAGCCAGUCCCAGGGACAUGUGUUUGAAGGUUUGUUGCUCCCCCCCAAGACUUAGCUUCCCAGUGCUUCCAGGUUGAAUCUCUCCAGUCUUGUUUUGUAGCUUUUAGAGCCCAGAAACCCCUCCCGUUUUUGCUUUACUGGAACUAAGAGCCCAGCCUAAACCUAUGAGGCCAUCUGUCCACGACUCGCUGAGGCCAUUAGACUAGAAAACCAAAUGGCAUUAGAGCUGUGUGAAUGUAAACAGCAGCCGCUCUCUGAUGUUUCCUGGGCCCCAUCUGCAGGUGGGAGGUGCAUGUGUGAAUUGUGUGUGCUGAGUGGAGGUGAGCACUCACAGCUUUCAAAAAGCAAUCCCUUUAUCAUUUGCCUUGAUGCCCACAUUGACUGUAUUGAAAUCUGUGGGGAUCUCAUCAUGCAUCUCUGAAAAUGGGCACCAGAAAAACAAAACCAAAGUUCUUGGGAUGGGUGGAGCUUUUUUCCCCAAGCACUGGCCAUUCUGGCAAGCUUUCUCCUUUCUGCUUUUUGGUUCUACCACACCACCACUAUGAAAGCUCUCUUUUUUUCUUAAUGGUCCCUCACAGUGACCCUAAGCGGUUUGUCGGGGCAGCCUGCACCUCAUUAGGCGCAGAUCAGGGACCACAGUGGCCAAACUGGCCUUAGCCACCACAUAACUUCACUGGCUGCAAGGUAGGACCGCUGCUGGAAGGUGCCAAGGGUAGCAGUUGCCUCCCUGGAAGAGCCUACAGCCUUUCUCCGAUUUCUCCAUGGGCUCAGCCUCCCCUCCAUGGCCCUGGUUACGUUGGGUCUGCAGUACCUUCCAGAACAAACUUCUCAUUUAUGUUUAAGUGCCUAAGCAAGUGACAGACCUCUGGGAGCUGCCCACGUGUUGGCCUAUGCCCUGUCCCUCCCACCAUACACCCAGCCUCAGGGCGGACUGUGCAUGCCCCCACCCCCAGCCCAGUUUUCUCUGCCAUUCUGCAGGCAGAAUGGUCACAAGGGCAAGCUAGGAGAGAGGGCUGGCCUUGUCACUGUCUCCUGUGUUCCUUCUGUUGAUGUGACUGUGGUCUUGGAUCAGAAGGAGUUUUAAGGAGUCUUAGCUAGAGUGAGAAUAGGAGUGAGAUAGCCUCUGAGCAGAAUUUUGUCUGUCCACACUUGAGGCCAUUUCCAGCUUUCUAGCAGGCAGGGAUGGUGACUGAUAACCCUGUGAGUACUGGGCCCUGGCCUCAUCUACAGCCCAGAUACCAAGGAGCCAGGAGCCAAGGGCCAUCACUAGUAGUCGUUUAAGGUCCAAUGUGGGGUUUUUUUAUUUUAUUUUUAAUGAGUGAGAGAUAAUUGAGUCAGAGCUAGCUCCAGGCCUUGAUUUACGUUGGGUAUAGGAUAGCUUAUUUAGUGACUGUUGUGCCCAGUUGGGUUAACACAGAUGACUAGUGGGGAAAGGAACAGUUCAUAUGCAGGCACCUUAUUUUCAUUAAUAACCCAGUAUUUUUGUUCAAGACAGUGGAGUAAUGUGAACACUGGGCAUUUGCAUGUAACAGGUGUAGAUGACCCUGCCUCACCUAGGGAAGAGAAAGCAGUGAGUGAGUGGCUAAAUGGUGGUGAAAGUGAGGCACCGUGGUGCAUGCGAACCGUGCUGCCGCUGAGGACUGUGUCACCCGUUUUCUAGAUGCAGCAGUCAUGGUCCACCAGCACCUGUCAGGCCCGAUGUAACUGAGGAAUGUCAACUGGAUGCAGAUUGAGGGACGGCAGCUUUCAGUCAGAGCAUCGGGAGGGCCAGGGUUCUGGGCCCUGACUGGACUUGACAUUCUAGCGAGAGCUGAAUGCUAAGGAGUGACAGCCAGUCCUGCUGAAGCGGAGUUGGCUGUGGGUCUGGGAACGAGCCGGCAUGGCCCCCUGGGAAGUGGAGAGAAGGCUCACACGCUCUGCCCAGACACUGGGGACCAGAUGUCUUGAGGUUGCCUGCAGGUAGUCAGCGCGGUGGCUGUGUAGGAUCCUGCCAGACGAGUCAGGGAGGGGCAGGGCGCCCUCCUGGCCGUGGCUGUGUGUGUCUCAGUCUGUGUGUUUCCUUUUGGUGUCUCCUCUGGUCUCUGUCCCCAUCUGUGUGCCAUGUGUCCCUGAGGGUGAGUCACACCUGUGUCUGAGUCUGCUGUAAGGUGUCCAGUCUACCUCAAGGGGUCAUCAUGGCAAGCUCUGUCCACAUGGAAUCCUCCUUACAUGCCACACACACUGGAAUGUAUACCACCCCACCCCCACAGCCCCCGACCCCGUCUCUCCCCAUAAUCACCACAGACUCCUAGUGCAAAUUGGAUGCUGCUUUAAAUGUGAAAAAAAAAAUUGUUCAAAAGCUAUAAAAUCUGAAUGAAAGCUAAAGCUGAAUUUAUAAGCCUUGUUGCAUAUGAGCCAAAAGUGCAAAAAGCUCUAUAUAAUGAACUAACCUGCCACUCGUAUAAAUAUAAAUAUAUAUAAAUAUAUUAAAAAUCAGACUGUUCUACAAAAUUGUGUAUUUGUAUUUUUGUGUACGUACAAUUUUCUGCUAAGCAGAAGGAGGGUGUAGUAUAGGGCGCUGUGAGAAGAGAUUUGGUUUAAUCCCAUUUCUGUUACUUAUUUUUGUUAACAUCAGAUGCCUGUCUUCGUCUUCUCUGUGUAUGACACUGUUUGGAAAGCUGCAGUAUCCUUCUUCCUUAGGCCAGAGUCUGUGAUGAUAAAGCUGGGGCCCAGGGAGGUGUCUCGGCCACCCGACCAGGGGUGGGUUGGGGUACAGGGCUCGCAUCCCUGAGGCCAGGCAUGGCAUUCUGACUUGUCUCUGGGAAGCAAAUUCCCCUUCCAGAAACCAGCUUCCCAGACAGGAUUGUUGAAUAUUCACUGACGAGGGGAGACUUCUGUCCGAUGCCCGGGGGGUGCUGCUUGGCGUAUCGCCCAGUCCCCCCGGCUGUCACUGAGUCACUUCUCCCUUCCAGGUAGCUGCUGCCUUUUCAGACAGGGUUACCGGAUGCCUGUCACCAGACCUCCAAUCCUUUACCUGGAGCAUCUCAGAACCCACUUUUCCGGUGCUAAACAGGAGAGGGGUUAGAGUGGUUGCCAACAAUGGCCAGAACCAACCCACCAGAGGCCAAGACAAGCUUGGGUGCCCACUGCUGCCCACACCCUCCCAGCCCCCUCCUGGCCCCUGGUGGAGCCUGCUCUAGGGAGUGAUACUGCACCUUCCCAGUAGGACUCGGAUUAUAACAGUGUGUGAUGACUGUAGCAAGCAGCCCUUGUUUCUGGGUGUAAAUGGUCAAAGAAACAAGGGCUCUACUGUAUUGAUUAAAUAGUUCCGAUGAGUCCUGUUUCAUUGUAUCUCCUAUUCUGGAUUAGUGCCUUUUGGACAGUAGACUGUUCUGUAAUUAAAAUGUAGUAUACUGCUUUUUUGUACAGUUUUGUUUUAAUAAAACUUUUUUUUAAUUUGUGUUUAUUUUAGUAUUGUACCUAUUAGAGAAUAAAAUGUAUAACUGAGCAAA